AUGCCAACUCGGUGCAACAUAUGUAAGAAGGCUUCAGAAUCUGUUAGCCAUAUUGUUUGGCAUUUCCGUUUCGGCAAACAAAUUUGGGCUUGGGUUGCUGGCAUUUUUAAGUUACGGCCAAGUGAAGACUUGGUAGUCUCAUACAAGGCUGCCAAGGGAUGUAGUAAAAUGAUUAAGGACUUGUGGCUGGUAGCUAAUUUGGCAAUCACCACGGAAUUAUGGAAACUUCGGAAUAAGGUUUUUUUUGAAGGUGCGGUUAUCAACUGGAUGGGUUUUAAGGGCCGAGUAUAUCAGGUAAUUCGCGACAAUUUAAUUAGGUUAAAGGGGUAUAUGUUCAACACUGUUGAGAAUUUGUGUAUACUGAAUUACUUCAAAGUUCAGCAUAGAUCAUGUAAACUUUCAAUGCCAAUUGAAGUUUCUUGGUCGCCUCCUGAAGUUGGUGAAGUUAUGAUCUGCUGUGAUGGAGCUUCUUUAGGAAAUCCAGUCCAAGCUGGCGCUGGUGUUUCUUUUAGAGAUUUUAAUUCAAGGAUGCUUGGAGCAUUAUGUGUUAACCUCGGUUGGAGAUCAAACUUUUAUGCGGAAGUCUGUGCUGUCAUCUACGGCCUUAUGAUAGCAAAAAGGUGGAACGUGCCGAGAAUUUUCAUUAGGUCGGACUCGAUGAGAUGUAUCCAAGCUCUACAAAAGGGAGAAGUUCUGUGGGACUUGGCUCAAAAGUGGAGAAUGGCGCGAGAUUUUUAUAGCAAAAUUAGAUACAUUCAUAGCUAUAAAGAGGUUAAUUUUUCAGCUGAUUCUUUAGCCAAACAAGCGUGUUUGUUGGCUGAAUAUGUCUAUAAGUUUUAUGAGGGUAGGACUUUGUUCAUGCGAGCAAUUGAAUGGCCUGGUGAGGUUUAUUUCCGUUUCAAAUAG